AGAAGGUGUGGGUUGGCCUCGGCUGUCAACUCAACAGAAGAUACAUUCGAUUAUGGAAACUUUCUGUGGGCCCUGGCCCCUCUCGUUUUUGUUUUCUCGUGCGCUUAAGUGAUGCGUUAGUCUUUUACAGGUUACUACGGGAGAUGAGGAGAUGGUAGGGAAGAUAGGUAGAGACAACAUGUGACACGAAUGAGCUCCAAUUUGGUUUGUGCAUUCAGACUGUGGUAAAAUGCCACUGUCUGAAAUAUUGUAGUGCAGUGAAAAGGGACGAGCUAUUUGAGUCUGUGGUCAGGUCUAAGGCAGUGGCAGACCUUCCCUGGGUUCUGACUGCUUUACACUGCACUUACAACAACAAGCUCUUUAACACAAAUUUUCUUUUUUCAGACACCGACGGUCCUUUAUUGUGUUUGCUACCCUGCUGUUGAUGUUGCCAUGGCGAACAGUAUGAACUGCAAAUACUGCCGGGAGGACCUGAGUGGGAAGAAGUACGUUAAACAGGAGGAGAAGCCUGUCUGUGUCCGAUGCCAUGACAAGUUCUGUGCCAACAACUGCACUGAGUGCCGCCGUCCUAUUGGCAUCGACUCCAAGGAGUUGCAACAUAAAGGCCGUUAUUGGCACGCAGACUGCUUUCGCUGCUACAAGUGCUACAAGCCAUUAGCCAAGGAGUCCUUCAGUGCUAAGGAUGACCGCAUCAUGUGUGGGAAGUGCAGCUCCCGGGAGGAUGCCCCUCGUUGUCACGCCUGCUACAAAGCCAUUCUAGCCGGCUCUGAGAAUGUGGAGUAUAAAGGCAAUGUGUGGCAUGAGGACUGCUUCACCUGUUACCAGUGUAAAAAACCCAUCCGCUCCCAAAGCUUCCUGACCAAAGGCACUGACAUCUACUGUGGCCCUUGCCAUGAGAAGAAGUUUGCUAAGACCUGUGUCAGCUGUAAGCAGACCAUCACCUCCGGGGGAGUGAACUACCAGGAGCAGCCAUGGCACUCAGAAUGUUUCGUUUGCAGCUCUUGCCGAAAGCCUCUGUCUGGGACCCGCUUCACCUCCCACGAGGAGAAGGCUUUCUGUGUGGACUGCUACAAGACUACUGUAGCCAAGAAAUGCAGCGGCUGCCAGAACCCCAUAACAGGUUUCGGCAAAGCCACUAAUGUGGUGAACUACGAGGGCAGCUCGUGGCAUGAGUACUGCUUCAACUGCAAGAAGUGUUCCCUGAGCCUGGCUAACAAGCGCUUUGUGGCCAAUGGAGGGAACAUCUUCUGCUCCGACUGUGCCAAGGUCUGAGGUGAACUUGGAACAGAAACAGUGGGUCUGCCGUGCCAGCUUUUCAGGGUGUGAAGCUGAAAGCAAUUGUUUUACUUUUCAUUUUACAGCGAUAGCGAGGGAUACAAAUAUUCUGAUGAAAUCUGUGGAUUCAGUGGGGUAAUCUAGUUUUUUCCUAAAGAUUGGGGUCAUGUUCUAUAGGAGACAUUUCAACCCUGGGGAACAUCAUAACCGUAGCUGUUAAUUCAAAGGUCUUAAAGGGGAAAACAGUGUCCCAGAGAGAUUGCUUAGCUAAUAGUUAUUGUGAUGGGUAAUUAUAAGCACUUUUAAUGUGUCACUUGCCGUGCACAAAGCCAAUGAAAAUAUAUGAAAAUCCAAUAUAAUGAACUGCAUGUCUGGUGUCUUGCAUUUGUGGAUCUGUAAUCAGCAAUAAACAAAUAUAUU